AUGGGGCGCAUUUAUUCCACGGCUCACAGCACCGUCAUCCAUCUCGGCGAUCUCACCCCCGACGUUUCUGGUGUUUUCCCUGCCCCCAGUGCUUCGACAUCCGGCGCCUCGGUUGGCAACUCUGGUGGAAUCGCCGUUGAGAAUGAGCGGAGCGUUCUUGCCAAGUCGUGGUUCAGGCGCGUCUGGGUGCUCCAGGAGCUCGUCCUUUCGAAAGACCCUUGGGUGCAAUGUGGCAACCAACGGAUACGCUGGAAGGACUUCUGCCGUUACUUUCUCGGCACUGGAGCGGGUAACUCACAACGUCUCCACGACGGUGAUGCGGCGUUGCGCGUUUUGUCGGACAUGAACUUCAGCCGGACUAACAACGCUCGCCUCCCUCUCCAUCGCGCCAUCCAAGUACGCCGCGGUCUAGGAGCCACGGACCCACGCGAUUUUGUGUACGCCAGCCUCGGCAUCAUCAGUGAUCUCCAUGUUGUCAACAAAUAUCUUCAAGUUGACUAUUCAAUGUCGUUGACCGAGACGUUUGGCAAAGUUGCCCGGUACAUGUUUGACCAGCUUGGCGUCGAAAAAGCGAUAGCGCUUACUGACCUCGAGUCCACCCAUCCCGUUGCGCCCUUGGAAAACCGUAGACGGUUGGCAAGAGACAGAAUCCCAUCAUGGUCACCGGACUGGACUCGCGAUGCGUCGUAUACGAUCCCCAUGUACAAAGACAAGCACCUAAAUCACAUGAGACUGAAGGGUAUGCAUCAUGUCUUCACGGAUGGCGAACUCCCGCUUGUGCUAGGCCAUAUUGUAUACGAUGUUGACACGAUUGAGAGCCUGCAUAGCAUGCCUUCCGGCGACAGGUCUUCAUACCUCACUGUAGAGUAUGAGCAGGCUAAAAUAGACCUCCGCAACCUGUACAAGAACACCCACGCGUCCGGAGACAAGUUUGACUCUUAUCGGCAUGUCCCGCUCAAAGAUAGAGAGGCUCGGCACGAGACGCUCUGCAACAUCACCGGUAGGACCUGGACCCGGUUCUUCGAGGACCAUGUUGAGACAGCUGAACAUAUUGGUCUUGUUAAAUCGUUUGUUCAAUGGACAUCGGCCCAGGCGACGAAGAAACGCGAGUUCGUUGGUUCGGGCACCAGAGGCCUCAUCGAACUCCUGUUCAAGUAUCUUGAGGUGCCAAAGGGCCGGUCUGCGCUUGACGGCAGGUGCCUUGUCUUCACUCGAAGCGGGAACCUGGGCGUUGCGCCUCGAUCGGCGAAACCGGGCGACCACGUCAUGUAUCUGGCGGGUAGCGAGACGGCUGUUGUUUUGCGCCCAAGGAGCGGGCUAGGAAUGGAAAACAUUGAGCGUGCUCUGUUGCAGAAAUUACGGCAGCCCGGAUACGGAGCGGUUUCCGUGGCGGACCAGAACGGCGAAAACGAGCUUUGGAGAGUGCCCGAGCAAGGUGACGUACCAAUCUCGCAUUUCGACGUCGUCGGCGAGGGAUACCUUGACGACUACACGGGCUGGUCUCUGAAAUAUCCGCCCAAGGCCUCGGAGAUGCGAUUGUUCGCAUUGCAUUGA